CGGCGGCGGCGGCGCACUGGGCGGCCUCUGGAGCGGCGGGCGGGCGAACGGACGGGCGCGCGGCCCCGGUGGCUCCCGUCUGAGGCGGCGGACGAAGCUCGGCGGGUAGGAGGCGGCGACGCAGGCGGAGGAGGCGGCGGCCGCCGGGGACCCGCUCGGCGCCUCGGCCCCGCGCUCCCUCCUCAGCCCGUGGUCGCUCGCGCUCGGCGGGCCGGCGCCUCGCCUCUGCGCGCGGAGAUGGUGUAGCCCGGCCGCCGGAGCCGGAGCCGCCUCUGCUCGCGCGUCCCCGCGGCGUCCGCCUCCCUGCCUGAGAAGAGACCCUCCGCUCGGCGUCUCCCGCGCCGGGGAAGCCUCGGCGCCGCCGGCACCAUGAGUGAACAGAGUAUCUGUCAGGCAAGAGCUGCUGUGAUGGUUUAUGAUGAUGCCAAUAAGAAAUGGGUGCCAGCUGGUGGCUCAACCGGGUUCAGCAGAGUACAUAUAUAUCACCAUACAGGCAACAACACAUUCAGAGUGGUGGGCAGAAAGAUUCAAGACCAUCAGGUUGUGAUAAACUGUGCCAUUCCUAAAGGACUGAAGUACAAUCAAGCUACACAGACUUUCCACCAAUGGCGGGAUGCUAGACAGGUGUAUGGUCUCAACUUUGGCAGCAAAGAGGAUGCCAAUGUCUUCGCAAGUGCCAUGAUGCAUGCCUUAGAAGUGUUAAAUUCACAGGAAGCAGCCCAGAGCAAGGUUACUGCUACCCAGGACAGCACUAAUUUGCGAUGUAUUUUCUGUGUGUUCUAUUUAGGGCCAACAUUGCCUAGACAGAAUUCACAGCUACCUGCUCAAGUUCAAAAUGGCCCAUCCCAAGAAGAGAUGGAAAUCCAGAGAAGGCAACUGCAAGAGCAGCAGCGACAGAAGGAGCUGGAGAGGGAGCGAAUGGAGAGGGAAAGGUUGGAGAGAGAACGACUAGAACGAGAGAGGCUAGAGAGGGAGCGCCUGGAACAGGAGCAGCUGGAGCGGCAGAGGCAGGAGAGGGAGCACGUGGAGCGCCUGGAAAGGGAGCGCCUGGAGCGGCUGGAGAGAGAGAGGCAAGACCGAGAGCGAGAACGCGAGCGCGAGCGCGAGCGCGAGCGCCUGGAACAGCUGGAGCGGGAGCAAGUGGAGUGGGAGAGAGAGCGCAGAAUGUCCAAUGCUGCUCCAUCUUCAGACAGCUCCCUGUAUAGCGCUCCACUUCCUGAGUAUUCCAGUUGCCAGCCUCCUUCAGCACCUCCUCCAUCAUACGCUAAAGUCAUCUCAGCUCCGGUGUCAGACGCCGCUCCUGAUUAUGCUGUAGUGACUGCUUUGCCACCUACUUCCACACCCCCUACACCACCACUGCGACACUCAGCGACACGUUUUGCAACAUCUUUAGGUUCAGCCUUCCACCCUGUUCUUCCCCAUUACGCCACAGUUCCUCGUCCUCUGAACAGAAACUCUCGACCUUCUUCUCCUGUGAACACACCCUCUUCUCAGCCUCCAGCUGCGAAGUCCUGUGCCUGGCCUACUUCCAAUUUCUCGCCCCUCCCUCCAUCUCCUCCAAUAAUGAUUAGCAGCCCCCCUGGCAAAGCUACUGGCCCACGGCCUGUCCUUCCCGUUUGUGUCUCCUCUCCUGUGCCCCAAAUGCCUCCGUCACCAACAGCACCCAAUGGGUCGCUAGACUCUGUAACAUACCCAGUGUCUCCACCGCCUACCUCAGGGCCAGCAGCGCCACCUCCGCCGCCACCGCCACCGCCGCCACCACCACCACCACCGCCACCGCCGCCGCUGCCUCCCCUCGCCUCACUCUCACACUGUGGAUCACAGGCUUCUCCUCCUCCAGGCACCCCUCUUGCCUCAACUCCCUCAUCCAAGCCCAGUGUUCUCCCUUCUCCCUCUGCAGCUGCCCCUGCCUCUGUGGAGACCCCUCUAAAUCCUGAGCUGGGAGACUCCUCUGCUUCCGAGCCAGGCUUGCAGGCAGCCUCUCAGCCGGCCGAGACGCCAGCCCCACAGGGCCAUGUCUUGGGACCACCUGCACCUCCGCCACCACCCCCCCUACCAUCAGGCCCUGCCUAUGCUUCAGCACUUCCCCCUCCCCCUGGACCCCCUCCACCACCUCCACUGCCAUCCGCUGGGCCGCCUCCUCCACCGCCUCCACCACCCCCUCUUCCUAAUCAAGUUCCUCCCCCUCCUCCACCACCUCCUGCCCCUCCCCUCCCCGCAUCUGGAAUUUUCUCUGGAUCCAUGUCAGAAGACAAUCGCCCUUUAACUGGACUUGCAGCUGCAAUCGCGGGAGCAAAACUUAGGAAAGUGUCUCGGGUGGAGGAUGGCUCUUUCCCAAGUGGAGGGAAUACUGUGAGUGUGAACUUGGCCUCAUCCAAAACAGAUUCUGGUCGUGGCAAUGGACCCCUUCCUCUAGGGGGCAGUGGCUUAAUGGAAGAAAUGAGUGCCCUGCUGGCCAGGAGGAGAAGAAUUGCUGAGAAGGGAUCAACAAUAGAAACAGAACAAAAAGAAGACAGAAGUGAAGAUGCAGAGCCUGUAACUUCUAAGGCAGCAUCAACAAGUACACCUGAACCAACCAGGAAACCUUGGGAAAGAACAAACACAAUGAACGGCAGUAAGUCACCUGUCAUCUCCAGACCCAAAUCCACACCUUCCUCACAGCCAAGUGCCAAUGGGGUCCAGACAGAAGGGCUUGACUAUGACAGGCUGAAGCAGGACAUUUUAGAUGAAAUGAGAAAAGAACUUGCAAAGCUGAAGGAGGAGCUCAUUGAUGCAAUCAGGCAGGAACUGAGCAAGUCGAAUACUGCAUAAAGAAGCAAACUAAGGAGGGACAGGACUUGAAUCUGGAGAAAAACAAAAAUUCCUACAAACAACUGUUAACAACCCCCAAAAUUUUUAAGCUGUAAGAAGAAAAUGGAUACACAGUCAGGAGGGAAAACCGCCAACCUCUGAAAGCCUUCAGACACAGUGACUCUGGCGAUCAGCUGUUCCCUCAGUGUGCUGCUUUUAUUCUGACCUUUACCACAGGAUGGAGAAUUAUAUUUGAGUUCCCUUAGCAGUACUAAACCCGUCAGGCAAGAUCACCGUGCACUGAAAUAUUUUCAUGUCUAGAUGAAUCUGCACGUUUUCCAUAAUCCAUUGCUAAAAUAAAGACGAAAAAGGCUUAAAAGGUUUUUUUCAGAGGGCGCUGAUGAAGAAUUUAAUUUAGUAAGUUCUGCUGUUGCAUUGUAAACGUUUCUCUCAGGUUUGUCUUCCUAUCAUAUUCGAUAUUCCGUGCAUAGUUAAGAUCAUAAGUAUGGAACAAAUGGGAUUGUAUGUAUGUGCUUUCAAAGGGUGGUGUUUAUAAGGAAGGUCCUAAAAUGUUUAGCCCACUUGAGGAAUUUUAGAAUGAUAGGAAGUCUCUCGGGUUAGCCUUCAUGCAAUUUUGUAGUUUAAAACAUAAAGUCCGUCCAGAAAUUAAAGAUUUAGAUGCCUUCCUAAAUUGUUACAAUGCUUUACCAAAUCUAUGACUUCUAUAUAACCAACAGUGGUCAAAUGUAAAACAUUCUAUUAUAGAUUUACUGUAGGUUUUCAACCUUUUUUUAGACAUAUGCAUGUGGACAUUUUUAUAAUGUAAUUACAAUCACCACAAAGUUAGCUUUUUUUAAUUACAGACAAUAAUGCAUGUCACACUAAUAUGUAGUGGCCUUUUCAAGGCCUAGUCCCAGGGAAAAUAUUUUGUAGAAUAUAGGGAAGUGGGAGGAAGGGAAGGAAUAAUUUUUUUAUUUAAAGUUAAUUUCUGCACUAUCCUUUUUUCUUCAAUUAUCUGCAUGAAUUAUAAGAGAGAUACUUUGUGACUUUAAUCAGUAAACAUGUUAACAAGACCAAGCACUUACAUCUUUUACAUCAUGUCUUCAACUAUUUGUAUUUUAACCAGCAAUUUCAACGCCCUGAAACAUGAUUCUGAUUUCACAUGAAUUACAUCUCACUGUGGAACUCAAACGUCUGAUCACUGAAUUUGGCAGAUAUUGUCACUAGGUUCCCACAGUGCUGCGGUGUCUGGGUGCCUGCUCCUGGCUUUGAGGUACUCCUGACCUUUGUUGUGCUGAAGUACAAGAAAUGUCAGUGAUGGCCGCAACCAGGGUCACAGAAGUCACUAGGGAGAGGAAACCUGUGAGGGUUUUGGCUGUUUCCUUUUAAUAAAACUAAAGUGAGGCUUAAGUGGUAGGAAGUGUCCGAUGCUGUUACACCCUGAGCACGUGUGUGUGUGUGUGUGUGUGUGUGUGUGUGUGUGUGUGUGUGUGAGAGAGAGAGAGAGAGAGAGAGAGAGAGAGAGAGAGAGAGAGCGCACAUGUGAUAGAUAUGUUCCACCCCUUUAUUGAAAUUUAUAAUUGGCAAGAUUAAAAUAAGGGAGGGAUUCUGUGUUGUAGUGUUAGCUUUUUAGAAAAUCUAGGAAAUCAAAGAUUCUCCGGGCUCUCCAUCAUGGUCUAUGCUUGAGUUAUUAAUGUGCCAUAUUUGCUUUGGAAUCUUUGGUUAUCAACUUUUACUAAAACAGAAUCCACUUUGAUUUGCUUUCUAGAUUUCAUAUGUCUCAGCUGUAAAGCGAACCUCGAUGAGAGUAGUUUUCUAAAUCCUGCAGUUUGCAGUUGAUACCGCUGCAGAGAUGUUUGAAAGAGGAGUUUUUAGUGGUUUUUUAUUAUUAUUGUUGUUAAGAGUUUCUGUUUCUGUUUCUGUAGAAACUUACUUCAUUUUUAGAUUAAAGUGUGAGGGAUGAGCUGUCGUAAUCCAACUCUGGCUGUUUUUCUGCCCCUUCCUUCUUCAUUGUCUUGCAGACAUAGUAAAGGCAUUAAAGAUGCAGCAAGCUUGUCAGUUGUUCUCGAAAAGAGGUAGGCAUCUCAUUUGCUGCCGAACUUUUGAUUAUGCAACUACUUUGAUAGUGUAAAUGUGUCACAUCCCUUACAGAUCUGAUCAAAAGUCACUUUUCUUUUUGUUGCUAAAGUUAAGUAGUCUGUAGUAGGUAGAGUACUGGUUAUAAAUGGUCCAAAGCGAGAUAGAAAGCUAAGGUCAAAUGCUAAGUCCUAAAAGAAGCUGGUUUAUGCACUAAACGUUUUGUGCCUUGGUCUAAUAUUUAACACAAUGUCUGUAAAAUGACAAAAAAAAAAAAAAAAAGAAAAAAGAAAAAGAACCGCUGUUGACUCAUGCUGUAUCCGUACCCUCCAUUGUAUUGCGUUGUCCCACACGACUACACGUGCUCUGCCCUGGAGGCUUACGUGGACUCUUCUGUACAUUCACUGUCACACAGCAGGAGAGUCCUGCGUGUCAUCGUUAGAGAUUUCAGUGACUCAAAUGGGAAACACAAGCUCGAGUCACUUUCCCAGAACUGUCCCCCUGGAACCAUACUGUGACGAUGGGUUCUUGCUUCUGUGUGCUGAAUGUCUUCAGCUGAGGACAGUUUAGGGAUUCUCUCUAAUGACAGGAAGGCACUGCUCUCCUCAACACUGUGAUCUGACCUGCGACAAUUCUACAAUACACUCUGUGAAUGGCUAGCAAGUCCAUAGCAAACAAACUGAAUGUACAAGCCUUAGCGUGGUGCUGAAAUCCCUUCAGAGUAGUAACCGUGAUCUCAAAGUCUGUUUAAAAUCUACGAGCAUAAUGUGUCAAUCGGAACUAAAGAUGAAACGCUGAUGAAUGUUCAAUCCUCAUGCUGCAGGCGUGGUUCCUGUUUAGCUUUUCAGUUCUCUGCUGUUACCACCGUAACUGUUCCAUUUAAAUCUCCUACACGGCAACUUCAUCUGUGCGGUUAAAAUAAAAUUGCAGUGUAUACUGUUUCUGGUUUGUGACACUA